AUGGGUAACACGGCGGAGCCAGGUGAUGUCGAGGCGCAGGACGCCAUCUCCGUCACCGCUGCCCCGGUCACCACCUUGGACAACAUUGACCAAAAGGCGGAAAACGAGCAGCAGCACAUCGGCACGCUUGAUCGUCGCCUGAAGGCUCGGCAUGUACAGUUCCUGGCCCUGUCCGGCGCCAUAGGCACAGGCCUCUUCGUCGGUAGCGGACAGGUCCUCUCUCUGGCGGGCCCGCUGUCUGCGUUCAUAUGCUACCUCAUCACCGGCUUCAACCUCUACUGUGUGAUCAACAGUCUGGGGGAAAUGGCGGCAUGGUUGCCGAUUCCUGGUGCGGUGCCGGUUUUCGCAUCGAGAUUCGUCGACCCUGCUCUGGGAUUCACGCUGGGAUGGAACUACUGGUAUCAGUUUGCCAUUGGAGUGCCGAUCGAGGUCUCGGCUUGCUCGCUGAUUAUUGACUUUUGGCCCAACGACGUGCCUAAAGCUGCACUCAUCACAGUCUUCUUCGCGGCCAUGGUGAUGAUAAAUUGCCUCCCGGUGCGCAUAUACGGAGAAGCCGAGUUCGCUUUCGGCGCCAUCAAGCUGACCACCAUCGUCGGCCUGAUCCUCCUCAUGUUCAUCAUCACGGUUGGCGGGUCUCCUUCCGGGGAUGCGAUAGGAUUCCGCUAUUGGAAUCAUCCAGGGCCUAUGAACGAGUACCUGGAAGAGGGCGCCCUGGGACGCUUCCUUGCCUUCUUCAAGGUCUUCAUCUCGGCGACUUUUGCCUACGGCGGCAGCGAAAUCGUGGUGGUUGCGUCGGGAGAGACCGAGGACCCGCGACGCAACAUCAAGCGGUCCGUUCGAAGGGUGUUUUGGCGCAUUAUCAUCUUCUACGUCCUCGCCAUCUUCCUCGUCGGGCUCUGCGUAUCGUCACAGGAUCCGGCGCUGCUCAACGCCAUCAACAGCUCUGCUCCGGGUGCCGGCGCCAGCCCCUUUGUCAUUGCCAUCAAAAACGCAGGCAUCAAGGUCCUUCCGCACAUCAUCAACGCGGUUGUCCUUUCAUCUGCCUGGUCUGCUGGAAACUCCUUCUUCUAUGCCUCUACGCGAGUGCUCUACUCCGCUGCCCUGGACGGCAAAGCACCGGCGUUGCUCAAGUAUGAGAAGUUUGGUGUGCCGUAUGCGUGCGUGGCCUUGACCACCGCCCUGAGCUGUCUCGUCUACCUCAACGUCAACAAUGGGUCCGCCGAGGUCUUCUUCUGGAUCAGCAACCUCAGUGCCGUCAGCACGCUCAUCGUCUGGGCCAGCGUUUCCUUCAUGUACCUCCGCUUCUUCUACGCCCUCAGGUACAACGGCAUCGACCGCGACACGCUGCCCUUCAAGUCCCCCUUUCAGCCGUUCUUGGGCUACUUUUCUCUCGUCUUCUGUCUUGUUGUCGCCUUCUUUAACGGGUUCGACUGCUUCUUCCCUGGGCGGUUCAGCGCAAAGUCGUUUAUCCCCCCGUACAUUGACAUUCCCAUCUUCUUGUGCCUGUUCUUUGGCUACAAGAUCGUGAAGAAGACCAAGUUUGUGCGCCUUUCAGAGGUUGAUCUCUGGUCAGGAAAGGCUGAGAUUGACAGGCUGGAGUCUACUUGGGUCAAGCCAGUGCCGCGCAAUAUUCUGGAGAGAAUCUGGUUCUGGAUUGCCUAA